GCGGCGGCGCAGGGGGCGGGCUCGCAGCGAGGCGCCGGAGGAGGAAGUGGUGUGGUUGUUGCUCUCUCAGAGACCACCGGUGGCUCACUGAGCGCGGAGUGGGUCUGCGGUCUCUGCCGCCGCGUCACGGUCUUCUUCUCCUGCCCUCCAUGUGCCCCGGCGCCGCGGCUUCCCUUCCUCAGGCCACCGUUUAUUCCGGGGUCUAUGGAAGUAAUGGAAGGACCCCUCAACCUGGCUCAUCAACAGAGCAGACGAGCAGACCGGUUAUUGGCUGUAGGGAAAUACGAAGAAGCCAUUUCUUGUCACAAAAAGGCUGCAGCAUAUCUUUGUGAAGCCAUGAAGCUGACACAGUCUGAGCAGGCUCGCUUGUCACUGGAACUGCAGAGGGACAGCCACAUGAAACAGCUCCUCCUCAUCCAGGAAAGAUGGAAGAGGGCAAAGCGUGAGGAGCGGCUGAAAGCCCAGCAGAACACGGACAAGGAUGCAGCUGUCCAUCUCCAGGCACCUCACAAACCCUUUGCAGAGGAUGCUGAGGGCCAGAACCCCCUUCAUUCUCAGAAGCACAGCCCUUCCACAGAGAAACACCUCCCUGAAAUUCAGGGGGUUUUUGACAGGGAUCCAGACACACUGCUGUAUUUACUUCAGCAAAAGAGUGAGCCAACAGAGCCAUGUAUUGGAAGCAAAGCCCCAAAAGAUGACAAAACAAUUAUAGAGGAGCAGGCAACCAAAAUUGCAGAUUUGAAGAGACAUGUGGAAUUCCUUGUGGCCGAGAAUGAAAAAUUAAGGAAAGAAAAUAAACAACUAAGGGCCGAAAAGGCCAGACUUCUAAAAGGUUCAGUAGAAAAGGAGCUGGAUGUGGAUGCUGAUUUUGUAGAAAAAUCAGAGUUAUGGAGCUUGCCACCACAUUCAGAAAAUGCAGCAGCCUCUUCAGCCUGGCAGAAGUUUGCAGCAAGUACUGGGAAAGCCAAGGACAUUCCAAUACCCAACCUUCCUCCGUUGGAUUUUCCGUCUCCAGAACUUCCGCUUAUGGAGCUCUCUGAGGACAUUCUGAAAGGAUUUAUGAGUAAUUAAGAUGGAAGGUCAGUAGAGAGGUCAGAAGAGGAAAUAAUUCAGUAACACAGUUAAUCCAGAAAAGAAAAAAAAAGGGAAAACUACAUGCAAGGGCAGUCCUGGAAGUGUCGUCAUCUGGUUUCUGUGGGGGAGAGGUUCGGCCCGAAUGUGAGAACAGUCACUGUGAAACGCACUGUGGAUCUGAUAUACCGGCACAGCUAAUGAUUCUGACUUGGCAGACACAGCUCGGAGGUUGGCGUUCUCCUGAUACAAACCAAAUGGCUACCUGGAAUAAUAUUUUCAAGCAACAAUUAUUUUUCGUAUCUUCAGGGUUUAAAUGUAUAAAAGUAUGUUAUGUAUAAUUAAUCUAUAAUGCCAUAAAUGAUAAUGCAAAACCUAAAUAAUACAGUGGCCUGAGGAGCUGCCUUGUAUUUGAAACAUGCUAUUGUGCAUUGACUGUAUGCAUUUUGUUAUGCACAUUUUGUUUAAAGAAGGUGUGUAAGAGGUACACCUUUCUAGAUGAAACUCUGUGCCACACUUGCACUACUUAUAAUGAUAACCUCAAGACUAUCAGGAGAAAUAUUUAAAUUUCCAUUUUAUGAAGAAAGGAACCAAAUUAUGCUUUUUAAAAAAAUUACCAGUUUACAUAAGUAAUCGGUGCAUUUUAAGUUCUGUUUGUUAUAUAAUGCAUCAUUUGAAAAUACCAAGGAACUAUCCUUUGUUUUUAAUGAUGCGUGAGUGGAAGUAAUGCUAGCUGGCAGUAUUUGAUUGUAAGAAAUCAAUAAAGUAAUUGUGUUUUA